AUGGCACUUCAGAAAAGCGAACGCUUCCAUGAAAUGUACCAUGGGAAUGUGUGCGAUGUACAAAUCGGGGAUGUAGACACAAGGAAAGGCGUAGGACGUGUUGGAAGAAGUUGUGAAUCCAAUUCAAUACUCCCCCCCGAAAUGGAUUGCAUCUACUCUUGCAUAUGUAACGAUUUGCGUGGUGAUCACUGUGGAAACAAUUCUAGUGAAGGGAAGGAGAACCUCUCCAUCCUUCGAAUAGGUAAAGAAGUUAAAAAGGAUUCGAUGAGAAAUACCUAUACAAUGAAAAGUGCAGACUUCGCCAAGGAAAAUAAUAGAAGGUGUAAAAAGGUUACUAGUGAUAAGGGCUCCCCGUGCGUUCAUGAGGAUAGCAGUGAACGUAUUAGAUUCUCUGAUGUGCGUCUCCAUGCCUGUACCAUUGCAGAAUGCAGGGACGCCCGUAGUUCUAGGGAACCAGAGGAAUAUCUGCAUGAUGGAUGUAUCAUCCGAAAGGGCAUGAGGGUAGCCACCCACGAGAAUAACAGUCUGACGAAUGAGCAAAGAAAAGGCAGCAGUAGUAGUUUCCGAGGAGGAAGUGCCAUAUUGAAGCACCUCAGAAAAGGGAAGAAGAAAAAGAAAAAAAAAAAAAAAAGGAAAAGAAAGGAAGAGUCAAUGGGAAAUAUCAUUCUUCCUGUUGGUGAAGCAUCCAAAAUGGCUAAAUAUUUGUAUAGAAAAAAUGUGCAUCGGGGGAAUGAUAAAAAUUUAAACAAUGACAAUGAGGUCCUUCCUGCCACACGGAAAGAAAAAAAUGAAAAUAUCAUAGAAUUAUCAAAGGGGAAGCGUAUCGACAAUUUAGAAGGAGCUUUCAGAACCAUGACCCAUGGAAAAGAAAACUCACCUAAGAUGAAGCCGAUACUGAGAUGCAAAAGUGGGAAAAAGGUUUUUAGAUCCCAUUUAGAGCUACACAGACUGAAAUGCCGUACUAUGAAGAUAAUAGAAAAAUUAAAAGAUGCUAUGAUAAAGGAAAAUAUAGCUUAUAACAAGAAAAGGAUGUCUUGCAACGGGGGUUAUGACAACGGAAGUUCUCUUUCAAUCAAGGGGAAGGAAGUAGACCGACAUGAUAAAGAUGAUAAUGGUAAGGGUGAUCUUGAUAAUUAUUGUAGUAAUGGAAAUGGUAACCGAGUAGGAAGGGGGGUCUUUGCCAAGCGAACAAGGGGUACUUUCCUGAAGGAAGAAGAUUACUUAGUAUACAAAUUUAGAAGAACGUUGAGGAAGUACGUGAAAAAAUAUCUUCAUAGAAAACUAAUAAUUUUGGAGAAUUUUCAUCAGGCGGAAAGAAACAUAGCGAAUGAGAGAAUGAUACACACCUUUGUCAUUCCAUCCUUGUCAGAUCGUGUUCAUAAAAAGGUUUCUAAUUAUUGCAGUUACGUAGAUAAAUAUGUAAGGAAGUUUUUCCAGUCCUAUUUUGUCAUGCUAGUUAAUCAAUUUUUUAAUUAUUACUUUUUUCACAAUAAGAGGAAAUGUGUAAAAAAUUACGUUGGCAGUUUUGGAGCCAGGGGGGGGAAGUUGGAUGGUGAAGCCGUUUGUUAUCAUCAACCUUUUUGUUCAGCCAGAUUUAGCACCAUAAAUGAUAAUGUAUCUUACAAUAGGUUGAUGUAUUCCUCGAGCCUUGACAUGAGUAAGAAAAAUUUCGCACCCUCCAGUGGGAGAGAGAAUACCUCGAAGGGGAUUACGAGAAUGUCAGAAGGGAGAAGCUCUUUGCGUGUUUUUUCCCUUCCCACUGUAAAUCGCAGCGCAAAUGAGGGGUUUGUGAAUUCUGGAAAGGAUCUCUACUUUAGUUAUAUAAGUAACUGCUGUAAUGGAGAAUCGUCUUUCCUUGAUCCCGCGGAGGGAUGUAACCUACGUGGUAGCUUCUUAAAUUGGCUGGAUGUGGAGCAUUUCAAGAAGGAGAAAGACUUCGGUAUUAGUGGAAAUCCUAAGAGGAGGAACUUCCCGUGUGUUGAUUUGAAGCUUGGCGCAGGAAAUGACGCGCGGGAAAGGGGUAACAGGGGCGGAGAGAAGACGCAGGGGCGUGUCUGCAGCAGUAACGACGCAUGUGGGAAUGGUGGGCAUACUGGAAGCGAACAUGGCAAUGGAAAUAGCGGAGGAAGUGGAAGUGGCAACAGUAGUGGAAACUGCAGGGAUGGCCACAGCGGUAACCGAAGCGGGAGCGGCGGUAGCAAGGAAAACGGAGGUAGCAGUGAAAACGGCGGCAAUAGCGAGGACAACAAUGGGGACAACAAUGAUGAUCACACUGAUGGAUACAAUGACGACAGUGGAAACGACAGCAGCAAUGAAAGCAGUAAUGACAAUGCCAAGGGGAAGGACGCAAAGGGUAAGAACAGAGAGGGGAAUAUACAAUCGGAUGAUCCAAAGGAAAAAAGCGGCGUGAAUACUCAGGAUAAGGAACACGAAAAUUAUUACAAGCUAAUUAGAGAAAUUGAGUUUUUGGAAAACAAUGAAAAUGCAAAAGAGAGCACCUCGGUUAAGGAAAAGGAUUUGAUGGGUGCAGAUCCAGGGAAGGAUGAACAGAAGGUAACAUCGACAGGAGUUAAUAAUGGCCAACUCAAAUUAGACUCAGGAACCAUGGAGAAGGAAGAGGAUGCGAGCAUGGACUUGGAGCCAAGUGGGGAAGACAAUCAAUUAUUAAACAUAAACCAAAUGAUAAUUCAUACGACGAAUUAUGUCGGCCAGCCGUUGAAAUUGCCCCUUCUACCAGAGAUGAGUCAUCCGAAUUCAUAUUCCUCACUUUCCCCUCGCAACAACACCUGUGGUAGUAGCAGUAGUAGCAGCAGCAGCGGAAGUAGUGGUAGCAGUAGCAGUAGUGGUAACAGUAGUACCAGUAGUAGUGGGAACUGUAGUAACCAGGGAGGAGGCAAAAACAAUAUUAAUCAAGUGAAUGAUCCUGAUUUUGAAGAAGCAUGUGAUAUUAGACUAAUGAACACACCGGAAAAUAUGAAAUUUUCUCAGUCUCCUCCGACAAGCUCCUUACAUGCAUCAUCCCUACAUCUAACCGAUGUGAACGAAUUAGUUCUUUCUCCGAAUCAGCAGAUAUAUUCUAAUAGCCCAUUAAAGUCUCCCGGCAGUACGCCCUUAACCCCUGCGUCUCCCAUUUUUGAUUCCAACUAUAAUGAAGAGAACAUGGAAAAGGUGAACUCUAAUUAUUUCGUUUCCUCCCCGUAUAAAAAUGAUAUUUUCUCUGAAUUCGAUAUGCUGGGAUCAUUUUUUGAAUCACUGGAUGAAUUGGAAAAUAAAAGUGACUACACGGAGAGUAGCAGUAAUGAGAACUCCAAAUUUAGUCAAGACUUUUCGCUAGAUAUGUGUGGUCCGAAAAAAGGGAAAAAGGGAAACAUAGAGAAGGAUGAAGUCAUUUAUAAUUUUAAGAGGGAUAAUUACAAGAAGGUGUUCCAUGCGUGGUGCAAUAAAGGUAAACACGAAUUGAACUACGAUAAUAAAAAAUUCAACUCUAUUAUGGAGUGGAUAAAUUAUAUAGAAGAACUCAUGUCCCAUGAAGGGCAAAAUGAUAACAAGGAUGACGGUGACGAAGAACGACAACCGCAUCAGGGGCAGCAGAUGGAAGUAGAUAUGGCAGAACGGCUGGAGGAGGAACACUGCGACCUCCUUCACGAGAUGGAACAUGAAUUGGAGCACGAACGGGAACAGGAGGAUAUAAUGAAUAUUGGUAUGAACGCCAACUUUUUUAGCGAAGAAAAUGUCUAUCAGGUUAGUAACAGCGCCUUUCGCAGUGAUGAGUACAUGUCCGUGGGAAAGGAGAACGAAGGGGGUAGCGGUGAAGUUGAUUACGGAGCUAGUGGCCAAGUUGAUUACUCAGUUAACAGCGGGGUCGACUAUUUAGUAAGCACAGGAGUUGAUUACAUGGUUAGCAGCAUGGCCGAGUAUGCCGUCAAUAGCGGCGGGGCCGAUAGUGAUAAUGACCAGGGAGAGUAUUACAAAGACAGUGGAGAAAGGAGCCCCCUGAAAGAAGAGAACAACUGUGAUAAUUUCUUAGCUAGCCAAAAUGUAAAUGUUAUGAUGAGUGCUCCUCAAGAGUGCAGCAAUUCUUUCGUAGCAGACAACUUAAAUGCUUACCAGGCAGAUGAGACAGGAAGAGGAGCACUAGGAAUGAGCAAUCAGCAUAGUCACUGUGCUAUACCCUCCUCGACAUUAAUAAAGCCAAAUUAUGAUGCCAAUCCGUGUAUCAGUAAUUUCGGGGGGGAACAAAAUUUAUUAUCCGAGUACAAUAACGCGGAGGAUAAUAUCACUUACUGUAAUAAUGACAGUAGGGGUGAGGCACUUGGCGAUUAUUUUCUCCCGUCAACAUUGGAAGGCGCGCAAAUUGAAAACGGAUCCUGUGGUGUGGGAAGUAGUGGCUUUAUGUGGAAGAAUGGCUCAAGUGGAGUCGAGGGAAACUGUUCAGGCAGCAUGACGGAAAAUCUAGCAAACCCUGCGGAUAACCAUGAGGGGAAUCAUGAACCCCAUGUGCCCCAACUGGUCGGCACGGAAAAUACAUUUUUAGGCCUGGGCGAUGCGGAAAAGGUUGGGGCGCAGAAUGAAAAAGACACAGGUGACAAUUGCACACCUUCGUCUAACUGUGCUGAUAUCCCAGAUCCAUGGAUGGCUCAGUGA